AUGGUUCUACUUGAUUCCGGUUCACUUGCUGAGCUCUCCCUACACGACCCCAAGCACUUCGGAAUUCAGCACUCUCAAACUAUCCAUCGGCUGGUACUUCUGAAGCUCUGGAACAUCACCAUUGGCUCGCAAGUACUUGAACUGGGGUGCGGUCAGGGCGAUUGUACAACCGCUCUCGCCGAUGCUGUGGGCAAUCAGGGCAAGGUAGUAGCGGUGGACCCAGCAGAUCUGGGUUACGGCAACCCAUACACUCUCGGCCAAGCACAAAACCACAUCUCACAAGGGCCACUGGGCGGUCGUAUUGAGUGGGUGCAACAACAACCUCUGGAUUAUCUUUCCUCUCUCGCAGCAUCUUCCACUCUAGAAACCAGGGCGUUCGACGCAACAGUGCUUGCACACUCUCUAUGGUAUUUUCCCUCGCAUCAACUGACCCUCGAUACUUUUCGUGCUUUGAAGCAGCAUAGCAAGCGUCUAUUGCUUGCCGAGUGGUCAUUGGUGGCCACAUACCCUUCAGCACAGCCCCACGUUCUAGCCGCUCUCGCACAAGCAGCACUUGAAUGCCACAAGCCCAAGAGCACCUCGAAUGUCCGGAUAGUGCUGGGACCAAAACGGCUCACAGAACUAGCUUUGGCUGCUGGUUGGAAAUUGGAAACUGAGACUUGCGUGCAGCCUACCGAGGGGCUCCUAGAUGGACAAUGGGAAGUAUCUGCUUGUCUUUCUCCUUCUUUUGAGAAGCAGAUCGAGGAGUUUCUAGGUGAUGGGAGAGAUAGAGAUGUGGUUCUUGCGUUGAGGGAUGCAUGUGAGGCAAGUUUAGAAGUUGUGCAGGAAGGUCGCAAGGGAGUAAAGUCAAUGGAUGUUUGGGUUGCAAGUUUUGUUUGA